AUGGCCUCUAAGAAGCAGACCAUGGCAGCAGCUGCAGGCGCAGCAGCCCUCUUUGGCACUGCCACCUUCGUCACAUCUGCCGGAUCCAGCGGCAAUCUGCGCGCCACAGUGCGUUCAUCCAACCGAGCAGCUGCGGAGGCUCCCAGUACUUCCAAGACCGGCUUUCAACUCACCGCCACCGCGGCGGCAUGCGUGAUGGCGGCGCAGGGGCGCAAGGCAGUGACUGCGUCCAAGCAUCAGGUGACUUUGACUGCUUUCGAGAACGAGUUGGGCGUUCAGGCGCCGGUCGGCUUCUGGGACCCCGUUGGGUUCACUUCGGACGGUGAUGUGGCUGUCUUCAAGCGCCGCCGAUCCGUGGAAUUGAAACACGGACGCAUCUCCAUGAUGGCCACCAUGGGAUACAUCACUCCAGAGGUCACUGGCAAACUGCCUGGAUUCCUUUCUCCAUCUGCUGGCCUCAAGUUCGCUGACAUCCCUAAUGGGCUUGCGGCAAUCUCGAAGGUGCCAGUGGCAGGAUGGGCUCAGAUCGCUGCGUACUUUGGCUUUGUCGAGUUCAGCGGUGGCUUCGAUGACUACAAGAGCGGCACUCCUGGUGACUAUGGGUUCAAGGUCUUGACUUCUUCUGAUCCCGAGGAGGAAACCAAGAAGCUGUCGGCCGAGCUGGCCAACGGCAGACUGGCCAUGAUGGCGAUCAUCGGCAUGUUCUUUCAGGAUGGCUUGACUGGAAGCGCCUGGGGUGACUGGGCCAACUACACCGCAUCUCCUUUGCGUGCCUUCGAGAACGAGAUGGGUGCCCAGCCUCCCUUCGGAUUUUGGGAUCCAGUUGGAUUCACAGCUGACGGUGAUGUUGAUGCCUACAAGCGCCGUCGUCAGACUGAAAUCAAGCAUGGUCGCAUUGCGAUGCUUGCUACCAUGGGUUACAUGACACCAGAAAUCACCGGCAAAUGGCCGGGAUUCCUUUCUCCUUCGGCUGGCCUUAAGUUCGAAGACGUCCCAAAUGGUUUGGCGGCUAUUUCCAAAGUCCCUGUGGAAGGAUGGGCUCAGAUCUUGGGAUGGAUGGCAUUCUGCGAAACAUCCAAGAGCCAGGCUCCCGGAACUCCUGGUGCAGUGGGUGACUUCGGAUGGAAACUGAUCACAUCCGAUGACCCAGUGGUCAAGGAGCGCAAGCUCGCAUCGGAGCUUGCCAACGGCCGUUUGGCCAUGGUGGCUAUCAUGGGCAUGUUCUUCCAGGAUGGUUUGACCGGAAGUGCAUUCGGAGACUUUGCCAUCAAGCAGGGAUCAGCAUGGCUUGCAUUCGAGAACGAGUUGGGUGUUCAGGCGCCUGUUGGUUUCUGGGAUCCAGCCGGUUUUACGGCCGACGGAAGUGUGGAGAACUUCAAGCGACGUCGCCAGACAGAACUUAAGCAUGGAAGAAUCUCAAUGUUGGCUACGAUGGGAUAUAUUACACCGGAGAUCACAGGGAAAUUUCCAGGCUACUUAUCUCCAUCCGCCGGUUUGAAGUUCGCCGAUGUGCCUAACGGUUUGGCUGCCAUCUCAAAGGUCCCAGCCGCAGGAUGGGGCCAAAUCCUGGCAUACAUGGCCUUCUGCGAGGUUUCCCAGGACCAGUCUGCUGGAACUCCUGCUGCUGCAGGCGACUUUGGAUUCAAGGUGUUGACUUCUUCCGACCCUGCUGAGAAGACCAAGAAGCUCUCUGCCGAACUUGCUAACGGAAGACUGGCGAUGAUGGCCAUCAUUGGUAUGUUCUUUCAGGACGGCUUGACUGGAAGCGCCUGGGGUGACUGGGCCAACUACACCGCAUCUCCUUUGCGUGCCUUCGAGAACGAGAUGGGUGCCCAGCCUCCCUUCGGAUUUUGGGAUCCAGUUGGAUUCACAGCUGACGGUGAUGUUGAUGCCUACAAGCGCCGUCGUCAGACUGAAAUCAAGCAUGGUCGCAUUGCGAUGCUUGCUACCAUGGGUUACAUGACACCAGAAAUCACCGGCAAAUGGCCGGGAUUCCUUUCUCCUUCGGCUGGCCUUAAGUUCGAAGACGUCCCAAAUGGUUUGGCGGCUAUUUCCAAAGUCCCUGUGGAAGGAUGGGCUCAGAUCUUGGGAUGGAUGGCAUUCUGCGAAACGUCCAAGAGCCAGGCUCCUGGAACUCCUGGUGCAGUGGGUGACUUCGGAUGGAAACUGAUCACAUCCGAUGACCCAGUGGUCAAGGAGCGCAAGCUCGCAUCGGAGCUUGCCAACGGCCGUUUGGCCAUGGUGGCUAUCAUGGGCAUGUUCUUCCAGGAUGGUUUGACCGGAAGUGCAUUCGGAGACUUUGCCAUCAAGCAGGGAUCAGCAUGGCUUGCAUUCGAGAACGAGUUGGGUGUUCAGGCGCCUGUUGGUUUCUGGGAUCCAGCCGGUUUUACGGCCGACGGAAGCGUGGAGAACUUCAAGCGACGUCGCCAGACAGAACUUAAGCAUGGAAGAAUCUCAAUGUUGGCUACGAUGGGAUAUAUUACACCGGAGAUCACAGGGAAAUUUCCAGGCUACUUAUCUCCAUCCGCCGGUUUGAAGUUCGCCGAUGUGCCUAACGGUUUGGCUGCCAUCUCAAAGGUCCCAGCCGCAGGAUGGGGCCAAAUCCUGGCAUACAUGGCCUUCUGCGAGGUUUCCCAGGACCAGUCUGCUGGAACUCCUGCUGCUGCAGGCGACUUUGGAUUCAAGGUGUUGACUUCUUCCGACCCUGCUGAGAAGACCAAGAAGCUCUCUGCCGAACUUGCUAACGGAAGACUGGCGAUGAUGGCCAUCAUCGGUAUGUUCUUUCAGGACGGCUUGACUGGAAGCGCCUGGGGUGACUGGGCCAACUACACCGCAUCUCCUUUGCGUGCCUUCGAGAAUGAGUUGGGUGUUCAGGCACCCAUUGGGUUCUUCGACCCCUUUGGCAUGACCAAGGACGGCGACAUGGAGGCCUUCAAGCGUCGUCGGGCCACGGAGUUGAAGAACGGUCGUGUUGCCAUGCUGGCGACCAUGGGAUACAUUGUCCCGGAGUACUUUCGCUUUCCAGGAUUUUGCUCCCCCUCGGAGGGUGUGAAGUUCGCAGACAUUCCCAAUGGCCUUGCAGCCAUCAGCAAGGUGCCAGCUGCUGGAUGGACUCAGUGGUUCCUCUUCCUGGGACUCAUUGAGAAAGGUGUGUACACCUAUGACCCCACCAGGUCCCCGGGGGACUUCAAGAACGCAGGUGUUCUGGGUGUUCCUAAUGGAAGCACCAUGGUGCCCGGAGAGGGCCGCAACCGCAAGCUGAACUCGGAGCUGGCCAAUGGCCGCCUGGCCAUGAUGGCUAUCAUCGGCAUGUUCUUUCAGGACGGCCUUACCGGAAGCGCCUGGGGUGACUGGGCGCAGUACACCGAUUCUCCCUUGCGCGCCUUUGAGAAUGAGCUCGGGGUGCAGGCCCCAGUGGGCUACUGGGAUCCUAUGGGCAUGUCCAAGGACGGUGAUCUGAAGACCUUCCGCCGUCGUCGCGAGGCUGAGCUGAAGAAUGGCCGUGUGGCGAUGUUCGCCACGAUAGGAUUCAUCACGCCCGAGUAUUUUCGCUUCCCCGGUUACCUGUCGCCCGCCAAGGAGCUGAAGUUCAGCGAUGUGCCCAACGGCCUGGCGGCCUUUUCGAAGGUGCCUUUGACGGGUUGGAUCCAGAUCCUGAUCUUCUGCGGCAUGGUGGACUUCGGGCUCUACAGGGCCGAUGACUCCCGAGACCCUGGUGACUACGAGAAUGCCGGCAUCCUGGGUGUGCCCAACGCCAGUGGCCCCAUGAGCGACGUGGAGGGACGCAAGAGGAAACUGAACUCCGAACUGGCCAACGGCCGCCUUGCCAUGGUGGCGAUCACCGGUAUGCUCUUCCAAAACGGAAUGUUUGGCACUACCGGUCCUGCCAUGUGGGGCUUCGAAGCGUGAGGUACCCGGGUAGCUUUGUGCGACCGGUGGACCAUGGAACACAGGAAGGGGAAAAGAAG